AAUCAUCACACACCUGAAUCUACUAGUCAUCCUGGUGUAUUGUUCUGUCUUCUUCCAGCAACGCCUGGUUGUAGUCCUCGGCGUUAGUUUCGCUCAACCCCAGCGUUGAAGUGUCCGGAAAUACAAAGAUAGAGCGACUUUACGCGGAUUAUAAGGCGGUUUAUGAUAUAUUUAUUACAUGUCUGUUUGACUAUUAGGGGGGUAAUAAGGCACUGUCAUCAAUGCCGUGUUCCGGUAAAAACGUUUAGCAAGUGGAAGCUAAAAGUUUGAUGCCGUUUCGAAAACUUUGUCGGCGCGGCUAGCUUUUUCCUGGUGAGGCUGUCAGUGUUUUGAGGGUUACGGCGGAGAUGGCCACCGCGCCUCCGACCUCGCUUCACAUGAGAUCCGCAGAUCUGAUCAAGAAGGAACCUCUGGACUACGGAGGGUUUGGCGAGGUCUACCUGUGCUACCACGCCACCCUGGGCCAAGUGGUGCUGAAGACCGUGUACACGGGUCCACUUCGCAACGAAGAGAGUAAAAAGUCGCUGCUGGAGGAGGGGAGUAUCAUGGCGGGCCUUGACCACAAGCGUGUGGUCAAGUUGCUCGGUGUGAUCAUGGAAGACAGAGAUUGCUCUCUCGUCAUAGAGCUUCUCCCCAGAGGCAACCUGCUGGUCAUGCUGGAGAAGGUCAGGGUGCCGAUGUCCAUCAAGGGAAGAAUCAUCUUGGAGAUUUUGGAAGGGAUGGUGUAUCUGACAGAGCGGCAAAUCAUUCACAAGGACAUAAAGCCUGAAAAUAUAUUGGUGGAUAAGGAUUUUCACAUCAAGAUCGCUGACCUCGGCCUGGCCACCUGCCAGGCGUGGAGCAAGCUCACGAAACAGGAGUCCCGCAGGAAAAGCUUCAGGGGGACGACAGCGAGGGAGAGAGGCGCCGGCACGUUAAGCUACAUGGCCCCAGAGCACCUGGAGAGCAUCCAUACACCGUCGACUGUGAAGUCUGACGUGUACAGCUUCGCCAUUGUGGUGUGGGUCAUUCUGAUGGAGAAAGAGCCGUAUGAAAAUGCCAGGAGCGAAGACCAUAUUAGCCAGUGCGUUCGCAAUGGUGACCGACCUUCAAUGGAGCACAUCCCAGAAGACACGCCUCCGGAGAUAAUUAAUCUUAUGAAGUCCUGCUGGGCUCAAAAUCCUGUGCAAAGACCAACAUUUAAAGAGGCCUAUGACAGCUUCCUUCCUUUCUACAAGGAAAAGCUUGAGCCCCACGAAGAGCAUGAUUUAUGGCAUUUGCGGGAACAAUAUGAAGGUCCAGAUGAACUUGUUGAGAAGAUAAAAUCAUUAUCAAUGACCCAAGACGGUUAUUUAGCCACCGACCAAGAUGGCCCAGCGUCUUUGACUUCACACAGAGACUUAUCCAUGCCAGUUGAAGCCAGCAUUGAGGACCUGCAUAACAUUCACAAUCAAGCGUCAGACUCUGUUGAGGCAGACGCGAGGGGGAACACCUCCGAGCUGGAGGAGAAACUGGACCGGGAGUUUCACUACCACAAGCACGGCAGCUACGCCUGCAACAACCAGCCCGAGUCGGCCCAGGGCCUCCAUAAAAACGCCUCGAAUCCUUUUUUACAAAACCCUUUCAGCGAGAGCGCCCUCACACAUCCAGCUCAGGAAAAAUCCUCGGUGCAUUCGUGGACAAAACCGGAGCAGGUGCAGCCCGCCAGCCAGACGGAGGGCUGCUGUCCGCUCACGUCAGGGCUCCACGACUCCAUGAACUUCUGCUCAUCCAAUCCGCCGCAUUUGCACACGUCUGUCAGCACGUCUUCUCUGUCGCAGUUCAACCAGCAACAUCCGCACUCCCACCUGGACCGCCAGCAGUCCUGGCCCACGUACCCUGUGCCCGACACCUUCAGCCCCAACCAAACCGCCGCCCACCUCCUGACCACCUCAAAGAGCGGAUCGCUGAAUGACUCGGGAUCUCUCUACUUUCACAACGCCAGUGGGAUCCAGAUCGGAAACAACAACACAAUGAGCAUCAGAGCCUGUGAGCCAACUCUUGGUUUCGUAUCUGUGCCCGCUGAGGGUACCACUGCCGUUUCAAUCCAAGAAGGCAUAUUGAAAUAUGACGACCACAUGGUGACAGAGGCGCAGCUGGACGUGCUGCGGGAAAACAUCGGCAUGAAAUGGAAACGCUGCGCGCGGGGCCUGGGUCUGACAGAGGUGGAGAUAGAAACCAUAGAACACGACUACUACCGCGACGGCCUGCCAGAGAUGGUGCACCAGAUGCUGGAGCACUGGAGGAUGAAGCAGGGCUCCAUAAGCUGUACCAUCGGGAGGCUGUGCCGAGCUCUUAGUAAAAACAUAAAAGUAGAUGUCAUCCAGAAAAUAUUGGACUUGUGCGAUUCCUCUCAGUAGGUUUCUCUCUUUACGUUAAACAAUGUCCAUGUUUCAGAGUUGUUUUCAUUUUUAUGUUAUUUUUUGAGGCUCUGAGGACAGCUGACCUUUGGUUUGAUGGGAUAAUGUGUCAAAAUAGGAUAUUGGUAUUGUAAUGUUAACUGAAGGGGUUAGUAUAUAGUUGAGGUUUUAAAUUUCAAAAUGAUAUCCUGAUUUCUAGUAAUUAUUGAUAUAUGCACUUGUGAUAAGUGUGCAGCUUUUCUCAGGUGUUAUUCAGAAAAAAGAAAAAAAAUCACAUUGAUUGUGACUUAAAGUAGCUGAAAAGGCCAUUUUAAAAUUUCUGCUGGACCUGUUUAGAUAAAACAUGGACAAUUACAGUUUUUUUAUCAUGUUAUUACAGUAUUCGUAGCUGACUUUGCAGGCGUGGUCUAAGUCAAACUGAUAUUCUUAGGAGUUUUGAAUAAUAAAAAGCCAUCAUGUAUAGCCAAAUGUUGAUGAACAAUCAAUCUUAAAUUUAGAGUCUAUUUAUUCCCGUCCAGUACAAACAAAAUGACACCAGUUACAGAAUCUGUAAGGUCAAUCAGCAUUAACAGUAGACAACCGCACGUAAACCACAAAAAAGUAUAAAAACCCUUACAGUGCAAUAUUCCUUUAUUACAUGUACGCAGUCACAAACAACCCAGACUUUAUUUCUGCGAAUUUGAGGCUUGUUCUUCAUUUUCUGCUACGAGAGAAUGUGAUUUCCUCCCAAGUGACUGAAAGUGUCUUAGCAAUAAUUGUAGGUGGACUAUUUUUCCUCCUUUUCUGACAACUUGGUUAUCUUAGAGAUGUAUUCAUUUCUGCCUUGAAUUCUCUUUGAACUGACUUUUUUUGGUCUCUUACUUGAUUAAGAUAAGGUUAUGUCUAUGGUAUUUGCAGAAUCUUUAGCACGUACAUAUCACCAGUGUGCUGCUGGAAGGAUACCAUACAAUAAAUAUUGUUCUUUGUAUGUCUGAAUAUCUAUUUGCAUUCAGUUUUUCUUUUUACGAAAUGUUGCACCUACUUUACGAGGUUUUUGAUUUAAAAGCUUAUUUCAAAGGCUUUGGGGAUGUAACAAACUGGAGAGAAUCAUUACUUACAAAUGGAGAAAACAGAACAGUGGGGAACCUUCCCAGGAGACUACCAAAAUGACAGCAGAUCAACGGCUAAUCCAGGAGGUUUCAACAAAAAAAAAAAAACAUCUGUAGCGCUGCAAGCCUCCGUUGUUUUGGUCAAGGUCAGAGUUCAUGAUGCAAUGAUAAGAAAGAGACAAAACUGUCCAAAAACCAAAGGUAGACCACAAAGAGAACAAAGGCUUGUGUCACAUUUCCCUGAAAAAACAACAACACAAAAACACGAUGAUCUGCAAGACUUUUGGAAAAAAAAAAUAUUCAGAGUACUUUGGAAACACAAAGGUGUGGUAUUUCACCAUCACCAAAACCAUUAGAAAAAGAAAAAAGAAAACUACUUUGAUGUUCUGUGUUACAUCCGGUUUUACAUUUUUCCUCCUUAACAAGCAUUAAAAAUGAUGAAAAUUGUUCUCUGAACAGUUUACCUGACAUUGGUAAUCUAAUAAACAUGAUAUCAUGAACUGA